GGAUUAGCAACCCUCCUCAGAAAAAGCUGGGACUUUUAUCGAAAUUAAAUUUAUUUGAUGGCUUUUCGGUCUCCCAAUACCCUGCAUUCGCUCCUCUCCUCUUUUGUGUUUCAAGAUGUCUGAACGCCCACAGAGGGCCAUCGUGGGUGCUGCACGGGGUAUGGAUAUAAAGCACUCUGCAUGAGGACGCCGAGCUGGUCCUCGCUGUCAAUGCCUGCUUCACGAACCCGAACUGACUCGCCCUGGUGACGGAAAGAGAGACUUUGCGCACGCUGCUUUUCCUUUGUUCUAUAGGGCUCAAACGACCAGAAGGCUCUCGUCCAGUCACGUAUUGCCACAUCUUGGGGACGCCAGACCCUCAGAGGAAUCGCUACUCCAGCUAUACCACCCUGCAUUUUUACACUUAACAUCGAUGAAUGACAUGACGACGAUACGAAUUAUGAGCGUACGGUACGAUAUGACGACCCCUUGUGACGAUCCUGUUGAGGUAUCCGAUACCGAGUCCUUCCACUCCGCCAUUUCCAACGUCACCAAACAGAGCUCCAAGGGCUGGACCUCCUCGUCCCAAAAGGCCACCAAAACAGCAGAUUGUUUGGUCCAUCAUCAACCCGUGAGUAAGAGGCACCGAUCCAGGACGGUUUGCUCCCAGUCUUCCAUGGCUUCCAAGACAUCCCAUCCUCGACCCAGCCCCAGACACUCGCGGCACAACUCCGUUUCCAUUCCCUCCCGGCAGAGCAGUCUUGCAAGGAAACGGCAUCGAUCACGUACGGAUUCCAUAACGCUGCAUCGCCAGAGCUGCCAGCUUUUCUCCUCGCUGGACGGAGUUUUGGCCUUGAGUCGGGACAUCACGCCUCUGCCGAGCGUUUCGACGUCGCGGACAACAACCCGGCAUGCAUCCAUGAUCCCCGAAGACGCCCCGGACCAGGACAGUAUCCGGCGCAUUUGUGAAAAGAUCGACGCAAAGCUGACCGCCGUCGAAUACCAAAACCGGGAACGGUCAACACAAUAUCCAUAUACUUACGGAUACUCGUACGCUCUUCCAGCGAGCGGAAGUGAUCGCUCUCCAAUUCUGCGCUCGGAUACCACACCACAGAUGUCCAAAAUCCAAACCCGUCGGUCCGAGUCAAUUUCUGCUCCACCCACCGCGAUCCCAGAAAGACCGACCCUGGAUACCGUGAUAUCCUGGACCUCCAAUGCUACGCGACGCGUCGAAUACCAGAAAAUCGACCGCGCGCACAGCGGGUUCCGGGGUUUCCUGCGCCGAGUCCUACCCCGAUGUCUCCGUACCAAGGAUGGUAGGAGAGGGUUCUUCACAGGUGAAUGCGACGGAGACAGUGUGAGGAGGUUUCGGUUGGACGUCAGCGAUGACGAUAGCGACGACGCAGGGCACCAAGAAGAGGGGGACGACAACGGCAAGGUCCCCGAAGUUAGCGACUUUGAAAUCGAGAAGGGCGACCCCAGGAUGAAAGUGGAAGUGGAAGUGGGAGCGGAAGAGGGAGACGCCCACUGUCGGAAAACCAGAACCAGAAAUUCCAAAGAAGGGGAAGAGGACAAGGUCAAAGCUCGGAAAUGGUCGUGCUUCGAUUUAUAACAACAACUGGCAUCGGCCUUGGGCUUCUGAUCCCCAUCGGAGGCGGGGGCCCUGAUCGAAUCCAGCUCCAUGAUAUGUUCUUCUGCAACAUCCUCAUAUUGCAUUGUUCGUGGGCACGGCGGUUGCUCUGGCAGUCUUUUCUUUUUGUUGCUAUGUGCCGGGCACGGUCAACAUAUCCGAGAAUAUGACAACAUGUAAUGCCCCAAAUUAUUUCUAGGAGAACCUGAAGAUACCCAAGUAAUCAGCCAGACAGAGAGAUCUGAGACUUGGAAGUCGUAUGUAAUUGCCCAUAGGAAGUCAUGGGAGAUAAUCUGGCGUAGCGCCGCAAGAAAAGGGCCACACGGCUCUCGUGGUUGCUGGAACCAAUCUC